CAAUAGGCUCUGGCAGAUUGUGAGGACACUCCCAAGGGCGAGGGGAGGGCUCGGCUUCUCGCGCCUAGUUUCCCGGUCUCUCCUCGAGCCUGGGUCUCCGGGCUGCCCUCAGCGAGCGCCCAGGGGUGGCAGAGCCUCCGAAAGAUUUUCUCGAGGGAGAGGUGGCUUCUGAAGCUCUCCCCAAGCGAGUGUGGUGCGUGAUUUCAAGGCGCGAUGGCUGCAAAAGUGUUUACGAUGCCUCCCAAGCCAAAGCAGUCCUUUAUCCUGAGAGUGCCUCCAAACUCCAAGCUAGGCCAGGACCUACUUCAAGAUGCUACCAACAGGCCCAAGACCAUCCACCAGCUGGUUCUGGAGCACUUCCUCACCUUCUUGCCCAAGCCAGGACUCCCCCAGCCCGAUCAGAAUGCCAAAGAGACCUUGGUGAUCAUGAAAGAUGUGAGCUCAAACUUUCAGAACAGAGUGCAACCUGAUCCCCUAGCGAACUUUCUGAGCAAAGAAGGAAUCCAGCAGGAACAGGAGACAGUAUCUGUGUGCUUGAAAGCUGAUUCUGAGGAUCUGGUGGUUUUUGAGGAUUUGAAUGUAUUUCACUCCCAAGAAGAAUGUGUGAACUUGGAUCCUAUGCAGGAGCCCACCUCAGAGAAGGAAGAAGACAAUAUUGGGGAGAUGAUGUUAAUGGCAGUCAAUGAUAGUAACCCUGAGGGUGAAGAUCAUAUAGAAGAUUCUUCAGAUUGUGAUGAAAUGGAUUGUUUUGUGGUCUCUGAGCAACCUCCAGAUUGCCAUAAAGAAAAAACACUAAAUACAUCCAUUUCAAAUGAAAGGAAAAUGAGGGAUCUUUUAAUUACCAUUGAAAAUGAUACUCCACUAGAGGAACUCUCAAAAUUUGUGGAUAUCAAUAUUACUGCACUUAAUCGAAAUCGGAGAUCAAGAAGAUGGUACACUUGUCCACUGUGUGGGAGACAGUUUAAUGAAAGUUCUUACCUUAUUUCCCAUCAGAGGACUCAUACUGGAGAAAAACCCUAUGACUGUAGUCACUGUGGGAAAAGCUUCAAUCAUAAAACAAACCUUAAUAAACAUGAGCGAAUCCAUACAGGAGAGAAACCUUACUCAUGUUCAAAAUGUGGAAAAAAUUUUCGUCAAAAUUCUCAUCGUAGUCGCCACGAAGGAAUCCAUGUAAGGAAGAAGGUAUUUAAAUGUCCAGAAUGUGGGAAAACCUUCCCAGAGAACAAAGAAUUUGUGCUUCAUCUGCAGAGUCAUGUGGCUGAGAGGCCUUAUGGUUGCAAAAAAUGUGGGAGAAGAUUUGGUCGGCUGUCAAACUGUACCCGGCAUGAAAAAACCCACUCAGCAUGUAAGACCCGAAAGCAGAAGUGUGAUCGGGAAAGGUCCAAUGGUCCUGCCUCAACCUGAAAUGUUUCAUAAGGAAUUCUGAAUUCCUAGGCUAUCUGUAAAGAUACAGAUAUAUGAGACCCUCAUAAUAGCCCAAAUUGAAUAAAUACCUAUCUUGGCUAAACCUCAAAUUUUUAGAAAAUUCACAGGGAAGAAAAUGUCCUCAAGAUCUAUACCUCAGUUAGCACCCAAGCUUUUGAGACUAAGGAGCUUUCCUUUGUGAGCUUAUACUACAAUGUACAGGUCACAUCUUUUUCCCACGAAAAGCUUCAGAUAUGAGUCUGGAGGUUAUUUACCUGCAAAGUGAACAGAGUAACUCUUGUGUACUGAAAGUAUGUCGUCUUUUAUACAUUUGAGAAGAGAGAGAGAAUGCAAAGAUCCUUUCUGGACUGGUAUUCUGAAAGACCCAAACUACUGAUUGUUAAGCCAACAGCUUAUAUUCGUAUAACCCUCCAAGAACACCCUUCAAAGCUUAAGUGUUGAAAGGGAUUGUUUGCUUUAGAAUAUAGGAAAAUAUAGCAAUUGAAUAUCAAAGGCUUGUUGUUAUUUGUGAUCUGUCAGUUGUUUGCAAUUUAUGGGGAAAAGUGACUUUUAUAAAAAUCCUUUUCACAAUGUAAUUUUAAAAUGUCUACUACUCUUACUGUUCUUGUUCAGCUCACAAUUGCUCAAACAGCUCUUUGAUGCCUUUCCCUUGCCACAAAAGAAGUUUGGAUUGCUCAGAUCCAGCCACCCAACCCCACUAUUGAAAAAGCUCUUCAGAAUCAUGUUCCUCUGCUGAGCCAAGAAGACUUACUAGGAAGGAAUCCCAAGAGCUCGAAAAGGAGGAGGAACACAUUGGCUUGGAUCCAUGGUUACUCAAUAACUUUACCAUAUGCUUAUUUCCCCUCUAAGCAGUUAUCAGGCCUUUGGCAAUGAGUGGUCACUACCUCACAAGCAAAGUGUUUUAUUUGUAGAAAUUAUGUCACAUUGGUUAGGUCACAUUGUCUCUCAAGAGACAGGAUUCCUGUGUCUUCACUGUUGUAGAUAUCUGUUCCUUUGGCCUGAUAUCAGACUUUCCUGACUUGCCUUCCCAAAGCAAGGCCAGCGGUGCCUUCAUGGGACCGAUCCUAUGGUGUGUGAGUUAAAGAUUCUUGUUCAGUUUUGCUGUUUUUGGUUUUCCUAAAUUUUUACAUUGGUAUUUUGAUUGGAAUAAAUUAAUCCUCUAAACUCUA